AUGGCGAACCAGCCCGGGGCCUACAUCAUCUCUUUGCUUAAAAAUAUACUCAGGACGCAUGAAAUACGAUUACCAUCUGAUUGUGAAUUGAGCCAUGACUGCAUCGACUUGUGCAGAAAGUUGCUGUGGCUCAAUUCAGUGGAGCGGCUUACAGUUGAAGAAUUUGUGCACCACCCAUUUCUUUCUGAAGAUGCUCCAGAGAGGACCUUGAGCCGGACAUUAUCUGAAAUAAGAGAUGGCUUUCCAAUAAAUAAUAUCAGUCCAACAAGGCCUUCAAGCCAAAGUUCACAAGAAGAUUGUAUGCCUUUUCCUUUGGAUGAUGAGUCAAGUGGACAGGAUGAGGGUCCAAUUCCUGACAGUAAGAGUCCGAUGAAAUCUUAUGGGUUUCCCACAGGUAAAAGAUUGGAUAAAACUUCAUGCCAGAGUCCAUCAAAACAUACCAGUCUGUUCUCCAGGUAUGUCUUGGGAAAUAAUCAUGCACCUAGUAGCCAACACCAUGGCCAUAUUGAUAAAAUGACCAAGGAAAGCAAGAUUCAUGAAGUGCAAGGUCCAAAAGGUGUUUAUCCAGAAGGUAUGGAAGUCAUUAGUAGUGCAAUUCCUCAUUUUUAUUAUGAACAAUCCUUACUGAAAUUAUUAUUUCAUUACUUUGUAAAUGUAGAUUUCCCUAUCAUUGAUUCAUUAGAGUUUGUAGAUCAGGAAUAUGUAUUUGUGUCUGGACCACACCCAGAGGGAUCAUCGUCUUCAACAAAUGCCUCUCAACAGCUUAACUUACCGGCAAAAUAUGAUAAUUUGUCUGUUUCACCACCGAAGUUAACUUUCUUGAGUGCACCAAAGCCGAUAAACGGUUUGCCGAUUAAUAGACAACAAUCUGCUGGGACUGGUAGCUUCGACAGCCACUAUUCUCCUGCAUCUGUCACUUCACAGGGAUCUGCGGAUAUAAGUGAUGCCAUGGAUCAGCCCCCAACUGAUUAUCUGACGAGGAUUAGAUUGUUGGAGCAAUAUGCAUCAGCCAUAGCAGGGUUGGUCAGGGAUGAGGUCGCGUGUUCGAAGCAGCCUCUCCGCAUCUGCGGGGGGAAGGCUUGCCUCGGUUUAUCCUUUGUCUAG